ACUGACGGAUCGGCGGUAUCGCAGAGAGGACGAAAUUACUCUUGAUACGAGCAUGUUUCUCAAAGAAUCGCCGUAUUUCGAAAUUCCAGUCCAGAAUGUUACGGCGAGAGUGGGAAGAACAGCCAAACUGACUUGUGUGGUGGAAAAUCUCGGACAUUUUAAGGUCGCGUGGGGGUACAAGGUCACGGGAGCUGUACUGACAGUGGCGACUCAGGUCAUCACGAAAAACACUCGGAUUUCGGUGCAGAGGGAACAACAGUCGACUUGGGUUCUCACGAUCUCCAACGUGACCAUGAAGGACCAGGGAGAUUACUGGUGCCAAGUAAACACGUCGCCACCACGCUCCAUCUCAGGUUACCUCUCCGUCGUAGGUGAGUCUACCCUUUUUUCAUUUUCAUGUAUAUCUAAGCACAACUUCCCAGGUGGAACAAACAACUUGUCAGCAGCUGUCUGUCCAUUGCAAGACAAGCUACGUCUGCCAGGCUGUCGCAGCCGCGGCUUGUCAUUUCAAUAUUUUGGUUCCGGCUCAGUGGGCAAGGGCAGGGGGGCAGGGGCGGAGCCGCCGGUGAUGGAAAGCGGCAACGAGGAGGUGACCAUCACGUCGGGCGAGAUAGCCAACCUGACCUGCCGGGCGAGAGGGACACCAACGCCAACCAUUCGCUGGAUCAGGGAGGAUUAUGACCGCAUCAGGAUCAACGCUACGUAUUUCGCCUCAGACUACAUCGGCAACUCCCUCCUGCUCCGAUCCGUGAACCACCGAAGCGCCGGCGGGUACCUCUGCAUCGCCAGUAACGGCCAUCCCCCAUCGAUCAGCCGGAGGGUCAUCGUCCACGUCAAGUAUAAACCCUUGAUUCAGAAUCCUCCAUCUUCCCUGUGGGCGUCUCAGGGCAGUUCCAUCAGCCUGACCUGUCUCUACGCGGCUUAUCCCGCUCCUCAGGUCAUGUGGAUGCGGGAUAACUUUCUCGGGUCGCAGCUCCUCAGCGACGAGUAUUUCACCGUCACGCCGCAAGAUGGCCACCGGCCCUUUACCCACAACAUGACGCUCAGCAUGAGGAACCUGGUUCUCUCUGACUUCGGUGCCUACACCUGCAUCAUCAAGAACUCACAGGGGGAGGCUCGAGGAACCGCUAUACUACGAGAAGUCGUGACCACCACCACUACGACCCCCCCUACCACCACGACCACCUCGCCUCCCCCUUCUUACAAUGACUAUGACGACAACGCUAAAAACCUGACUGCGCCCCUGGUGGUCAACACGUCACCGGAUCUCACAAGGGGCGGCCCGGGUGUCCAGCCGGCGCCAUCCAGAGAGCAGCAUUAUGGCAACAGAAAGUCCAAAAAUAUAGCUAGGAUAAAUAUUAUUGAUGAUAAAAAAAAUGGUGGAAGCAGUCCUAGAGGUGUGCUGGGUGUUGCAUUGUUGCCUGCUAUCCUGCAUCUCUGCUACAAGAACCUUAUCCUGUAGCCUACCCGCUGAAUUAACUGAUCUUGUGAAUCAGAUGAUAUAUCAUAGAACAAAUUCAAAAUAAAGGUUUCUUAAGUCACAUAAGUUAAAAGAUUAAUGUCCCAUGUCACUAUUUCCAAAAGACUGAUUUCAUAAAUCAUACUGUUCGAAAAAGAGGGAUUUUCUAAGUCAUGCUAUUAGAAAAAAAUGAAUAUUUUCUAUGCCAAACUGUUCGAAAAUGUGAGAUUUUCUAAGUCAUACUGUUCGAAAAUGACUGAUUCUCUAAGUCAGAGGGCUCUUUAAACCCUGAUUUCAUAGGUCAAACUGCUCUCUAUAAAAAUAAUUUCAUAAGGCAGACAGAUCUCGAAAAACUGAACCAUAAGUCGCACUGAUGACUUCCAAGUGGCUUUGUGUGAAUCGUAGUUCGUUUUAUAAACUCAAUAACACCAGACCUCAUGGCUAUAAAAGGAGCAUCAGAUUCUGAGAUCCGAUUCCCCUUGCCUCGUAAAUAGCAGAGGGUUUUCGAUCACCCUGAAGUAAUAUCGGAUUCUUUACAUAGCGCCAAAGCGUUUUACCCAUUCAAACUGCGCAACAUAGUGUCUAUUCACGGCAAGUGUCGCCAGGAAUUGCAAAUGCAUUCAGUGAUUGAAUGAUACUGACAUAAUUAUGUGUUAAACGAUGUCGACAGACAGUAACAGUUCGGUGUUGCGUGUAUAAUGUCAUUUUGCGAUUUAUGGAAACCUCGACUUGAAGCUUUGCCAGAGCAACAGUUGUGAGAUUCGCUUGCGUGCCGUAAGUGGAUUUUCCUUUCGACUUUCAAAAAUGAUUCAUUCAACUUUUUUUCUCUCUAUGGGAAAGAGUCAGUAUUUCUAUUCCCUUGCAUUGUGCAUUUGGAAAUAAUCAAAGUGUUUUGAAAAAAUAUAUAUAUAUACAUACAUAAAUGGUAAAAGAAGAAAUGAAAAGUAAUGAUAAUGUUGAAGUAAAGAGGUGAUAAUGAUAGA